ACAAUAUGUUGAUAUCGCAGCUGACUUCCCACUUACUGAAGGCUUCACGAGUUGCAGGACACCUUUUGCCAAGGUCGGUGUCGUCCUUCCUAUGCUGCCAUUCUGCCUCUGCACACUAUAGCACACAGCCGUCAAAUAAGAGCGGAGCCCAGCCUCAGCGGUGGUAUGCUCUGGACCCUGAACUGGAAGAGAUGCUGAUCCCUAGAAAACUGUCCAUCAGCCCCUUAGAAAGCUGGCUGACAGUUCGAUACUCCCUUCCUAAAGCAGAAGUCCUUGAUGCUCAGGAAGAAGCGAGCGACGAGCCUCUCCACCGAUAUGACUGUCCCCCGUCAGACGAGGGAGCUGACGUGGAGGAAGGAGAAGGAACACUUAGCGACAAGCUACAGUGUAAGAACGUUUUGAAGAUUCGCAGAAGGAAAAUGAACCGGCACAAGUACAAGAAGCUGCUGAAGCGAAGGAAGUUUGUACGGAGGAGGAUAAAGGAAGGUCGCAAGAAGAAACGCCAGAUAAAAUUUGAGAAAGACUUGGAGCGCAUCUGGAAAAGAGCUGGUUUGAAAAAUCCUCCUGCGGGAUGGCAAACACCCAAGAUAUUUCUGAAAAGUUCCAGGCGAUAAAAACACUUGUCAUGAGCUUUAACCUGUAAUUGUAAUUAAAAAAAAUAUUUAACUGCAC